AUGAAUGUAGAUACGAUCUCAGACUUCCUCGCCGACCAGCGGGAUGCAGCUCCCGAGGAGCUUCAGCCUCUCAUCCUACAGUUUGAGGAUUUGUGGGAGCGUAAGUUAUGGCACCAGCUGACCGAUGCCCUGGUCGAGUUCUUCAACAACCCAGGAAGCGCACCACAACGGCUAGAGUUCUACAAAGUCUUCAUUCUGAAAUUCGCCGACAAGAUUAAUCAGCUGAAGCUUGUCGACCUGGCCCUCAAGGCUGCUUCACAAUGCAAAGACCUACAGGAGCGUCUCUCGUUCACCGAGGCAGUAGUCAAGAAGGUUGACAACGAAGAUUCACAAGAUGCCCUGGUAUUUGCCAUAGUUGCAGUGGCGCGGGUCAAGCUUGAGAUUGGGGACCUGGAUGGCACAAGGAAAGAGCUUGACAGGGCCGAGACCAUCCUUGACACCUUCGACUCAAUCGACAACACAGUAAACGCUGCUUUCUACAAUGCCAACGCCGACUACUACCAAGCGAAGAUGGAUUUCGCCUCCUAUUACCGCAACGCCCUCCUCUACCUCGCCUGUAUCGACCUGUACUCUCUCAGCCCGGCCGAGCGCCGCUCAAGGGCAUACGAUCUCAGCAUUGCAGCACUCGUAUCAACUAGCAUCUACAACUUCGGCGAACUGCUUCUCCACCCUAUCCUCGAUGCCCUCACAACCCAGAAGGAAGACAACUGGCUGCGCGAGCUGCUCUUCGCCUUCAACCGGGGCGACCUAGCUGCCUACGACGUCCUCUCAGGCCACAUCUCCUCCAACCCGUUGCUCGCUAAGCACAGCAACCAGUUGCGACAGAAGAUCUACCUGGCAGCGCUCACAGAAGCCGUGUUCCGCCGCCCGCCCCACGACCGCGCCAUGACAUUCGACACGAUUGCUGCGGAGACCAAGGUCAAGCCCGAUGAGAUCGAGCACCUGAUCAUGAAGGCGCUAAGCCUGGGCCUCUUGAGAGGCACAAUCGACCAGGUGGACGAGGUGGCGCACAUCAACUGGGUGCAGCCCAAGGUGCUAGACAUGAAGCAGAUCGACAACAUGCGCCAGCGAUUAAAGGACUGGGAUACCAGCGUCAACCAGCUGGGCAACUGGAUCGAAGGCGUGGGCCAGGAUGUCUGGGCGGCGUAG